CGUGGCCCCUGGAAGCCCAAAUCCCAUUUGUCACCAGCCCAAUGUAGGAGUGUCCACCGAACGGGAUUCACUGAUAUAAACUAAAUUGAUUUGAAAACAGAUUAAGGAGAGGGGGCUGCAUGGGAAGUGAAGGAGGGAAUCAGCGUUCACACAGGGGUUUAAUGCACUUUACCUUCACACCUUAAGUUAAUCUGGCCUGAUUUCCCAUGCAGACGACCCCUCAAUUAAAACCAGUGGAAUUUCUGGGGCUGGACCAGCCCUGGGAGGCGCUGUCUCUAACUUCAGGGAUAGCCGUGUUAGUCCGGAUCCACAAAACCAACAAGGAGUCUGGUGGCACCUUAGAGACUCACAGAUUUAUUUGGGCAUAAGCUUUCGUGGGUAAAAACAUCUGAAGAAGUGGGGUUUUACCCACGAAAGCUUAUGCCCAAAUAAAGUCUUUAAGGUGCCACUGGACUCCUUGUUAUCUCUAGUUUAUUCAUUUCACUGGUUGCUACCGCAAGAGGGCUCUGCUUAUUGCUACAGAUGGGUGCAGGCAGGGAAACAUCCCUGUCCUGUUUGCCGGCUGGUGAACUUCCUGGGUCAGACGCUGCUGCUCAGCCUCCAUUGUAAGCCGGGGGGGCCUGGGCUGAGCUGAGCUGUUGCUGCUCCCCAGCGCGGUCUAUACAAGCCCAGCCCGGCUGAGGGCUUUCUGCGGUGGCUGGAACCAGCCCCUGGGGCAGCCCCUGAGCCUGCAGAUGAACUCACAAUUACGGUAAAUUUGUGGGCCCAAUUAUCACAACACCUCUUCGGUUCCCAUGGAGGCUUUCACCCCAUGCAGUCCCAAAAACUCUGGGUAAGCAUCCUCUGUAGGGGUUGCUUCCCCCCCCCCCCGGGACUGUCUGUGAAGUAGGAAGGUGGUGGCUUUCUAUCCUGUGAGGGGGGUAUAGAAAUUUUAAGAAUCCUCCAGGUCCUCCAUCCACCUAGCACUCCUUUGCUUUAAUCACAACUCCUCAAAUGUUGUUAUAAAAUCUCUUCAGGAUUUGGUUCACAUCUGCUUGCUGUCUUGAAACUGCAGGAUUUCUGGGUUUGGAGGAAACAUAACUUCGGUUGAGCAGCAGAGAGAGGAAAAGCCAGUUCCUGGCUCUGCCUGGUCUCCGCGCUGCUGGGGGAAUGUCCUGCCCUGGGGACAGUGUUGGGGGAUCCCCCAAAGCGGCUUCUUUGAUUCUGCUCUUUCCUAGAGUUUGCUUCAGAGAUUUUUUUUUUUUUUGUAACUGGGAGGGUUUGUCCUGGUGGGUUUAGUCCUGUGGGAGGGGCCAGGUCUGCCCUGUAAUGAAGUGACCCUUUUCCCAACAUUGCAGAAUCCAGAGUGUCUGUCUGUAGGGAAAGAGCCUGGGAGGAAUCGGGGUGUGAAAUGAACUAACACCUCUUCUGGAACCUGCCCCAUCGUCCUUCUCACCCUGACAGGCUGCAGAAUCAUGUCCACAUUUCGCUGCAGAUCAUCCCCCUCCGCCGGGAGACAGGGCAGGGAAAUGACUUCUGCACAGCUGGUGCAGGAUGCAGCACUGCUCACUGAGAUGCCGGUGAUCUUCGAGGAUGUGGCUGUGUAUUUCACUGAGGAGGAAUGGGCUCUGCUGGACUCCAGUCAGCGAGCCUUCUACAGGGAUGUCAUGCAGGAGAACUAUGAGAACGUGACCUCGCUGGGAUUUCUGAUUUCCAAACCUGACAUGAUCUCACAGCUGGAACAAGGGGAAGAGCCGUGGGUCCCAGAUCUCCAGGACUCUAAGGAAAACAGGAUCCUAAAAGAUUCCCGCACAGCAGGUGACUGGAUGGUGAGUGAGAAUGAGGAGGAGACUCCCCUGCAGAAAGCUCCUAAACAAGUGGAGUUGCAUGGAAUGCUAUUGGGAAGAUCCACAGUGGAUGCUCCUGCACAGGGAGAAGCUGGUGGGAGUCAGCUUGGAUCAAAGGAGAAGAAGGAAAACCACACAGGGAAGGGACAGAGCAAAUCCACUCCCCAUGAGGGUGGUUCCAGAGACGUUCACAAAACCACAGUCCAGCAGACCGGAGAGACACCGAAAAUAUGCCAGUACUGUGGGAAAAUCUUCAGCUACAACUCACACCUCACUAGACACCAGAGAACCCACACAGGGGAGAGACCCUAUGAAUGCCCCGUCUGCGGGAAAAGCUUCGGUCAGAGCUCGCACUUGAUUGUACACGAGAGGAUCCACACGGGCCAGAGACCCUUCAAGUGCGACGAAUGUGAGAAAAGCUUCAAUAGCAGCACGCGCCUCGUUGGACAUCAGAGAUCCCAUAGGAAGAAGAAACUCUAUAAAUUCCCUCUGUUGGCUAGAGCAAAUACCGCAUUUCCCAAUUCCUUCAGUAUCCAGCUACCUCUCUCUGGGGUCAGGGGGCAGCUGCAGGUGCCUCUGGUCUGCUCAGUGAAUCUCUGGCUCUGCCUCCAGUAGUAAACCCCAGGAAGUGGAGAAGCCCUGAUCAGUUUUUCCUCAUUGCUGCACUGCCAGCCAGGUGCAGGUAGAGGAAAGAAGAACACAGCUCCCCUAGCAACUCAUCUCCCUGGACUCUAAUCCCUUUCCACUAAUCAAUUGCUUGAACUAAGCCACCUUUCUCACACCAGAGACCUGACUCUACACCCUCUACGGUUAGGCUGCCCCUCCCCCUUAUUGGAGCUAUUUCUGGUGGGAUGGGUGUCCCAGGGGCCCUUCCCUUACAGACUUUGGGAGGAAACUAGGGAGAUCAAAUGCUGGGGAUUUAAGAUCAGAAGGGACCAUCACGAUCACUUAGUCUGACCUCCUGAAUAUUUCAGGCCACAGAACCAUCCCUCUAACAGUCCCCUAACCUCUGGCUGAGUUACUGCAGUCCUCAAAUCAUUCUUCAAUCCUUCAAGUUACAGAGAAUCCAUCAUUUACAUUAGUUUAAAUCUGCAAGUGACUCAUGCCCCACGCUGCAGAGGAAGGCAAAGCCCUCCCAGGGUCUCUGCCAAUCUGAUCCCAGGGGGAAAUUCCUUUCUGACUCUAAAUAGGGCAAUCAGUUUGACCCUGAGCAUGUGGGCAACCAGCCAGACACCUGAGGAAGAAUUCUCUGUAAUAAGUCAGUCCUCCCCAUCUAGUGUCCUAUCACCAGCCAUUGGAGAUAUUCGCUGCUAGCAGUCACAGAUCAGUGAUGUACCAUUGUAGGUAGGCUCAUCAUACCAUCCCCUCCAUAAACUUAUCAAGCUCAGUCUUGAAGCCAGUUAGGUUUUUGACCCCACUUGGAAGGCUGUUUUGAGAACUUCACUCCUCUGGGGGUUAGAAGCCUUCAUCUAAUUUCAAGCCUAAAUUUAUUGAUGGCCAGUUUAUAUCUAUUUGUUCUUCUGUCCACAUUGAUGCUUAACUUAAAUAACUCCUCUCCCUCCCUGGUGUUUAGCCCUCUGAUGUAUUUAUAGAAAGCAAUCCUAUCUCCCCUCAGCCUUCAUUGGGUUAGGCUAAACAAGCCAUGCUCUCUGAAUCUCUUCUCAUAAUCUGAGAUUCCUCAGAUCAUCCUAACUGCCCUUGUCUGUACCUGGUCCAAUUUGAAUUCAUCUUUCUUAAACAUGGGAGACUAGAAUAGCACACAGUAUUCCAGAUGAAGUCUCACCAGUGUCUUGUAUAAGGGUACAACCACUUCCCUGUCUCUACUGGAAAUACCUCACAUGGGGCAUCCUAGGACUGCAUUUCCCUUUUCCAUGUCACAUAGGUGGGUCAUAGUCAUUCUGUGAUCAACCAAUACACCCAGGUCAUUCUCCUCCGCUAUCACUUCCAAGUGAUAAGAGGGAUGAAGUGUAGAGGAAACAAUGUUUUUGAGCAAAAGGAAGAUAGUAGGUGGGCAGAGGGAUUUGAAUCAGCCAAUGAUAAGGGGCUGAGACUGGAAAACACUCUAUGCUAGUUGGUUAUAGCUCUUUAUUGCAGAGAGGAACUGUGGGCAGCAUGAGGAGAACAGGGGAAGGUACUUUGUGCCAGGCAGCACAGGGACUGCAGUUAGUCUGCAGUGAUCGGACAACCCCUGAAGCUGUCAAAUAGACUCUGCUCUCUGAAUCCAGAGCUGCAGCCCUGAGCGGUUUGCUGUUUCUGAUGUUCAGUUGAGACCACAGCAGAGCACGGUGAACUAAAGGGGUAACUAAUGAAUAACCUGGGGCUCUACCUAACUGGGAAUCUUCCAGAGAAAUUGGAGAUCAACUUUAAAAUCCUUCUCUGGGUGUACUUUGGAUUUGCAACAAAUGAAAUCUGCAGAGGGUGGGAGGGGAGGUCUUUGGCUUAUGUUUAUUUCAGAGGAAAUACUGAAGUUAUUUCAGUAAGAGCAAUUAUUCCAAUUCCUCUGAAUAUCUAUUUUCAGAAUGGCUGUUGGUCACAGUCACUGCCAGUCAGAACUUCUCAUUGUCCUCUUGGAGGACUAUAGCUUUUGCUGACUAGGAUGCAGAGAAGCUGUGGCUGUGAGAACAUGCUGGUGAUGGGAUGUGGUAAACGAGGUUAUUGUUUCUUUGCUGUACGGAGCCUCUUUCAGGUGAACCCUUUAUUCCCUCUCCCAGAAAAGUCCUGAGAUCACGUUUCAUCAUGCCUCUUGGGGUGAAUAAAAUUUGCGUAUUUA